GCCAACGUUAAAAUACCGUCGCUCUCUCUCUCUCGCUCUCGUUAUUUGCCUUUCUGUCUCUCUCUCCUUCUCCGGUCAUUUACCCAGAUCCAUACCUCUGAUCGCUCCGAUACUUCCCUAAAAAAACCCUAAUUUAUCCGAUCUCUCCUUCUAAAACCCUACUCUCAGAUCUAAACUUAAUUAUCUCCUUACUUCCACAGAUCCGACCUCUCCUUUUCUUUCCGAUAUCAGAUUUGAUCGUGUUGCAAAAUAUAUAGACGGUUAUUGAAAGAGGGGAUUAGAAUUUGUUUCUGAUUAAUUAUGGCAGCUCCUGUGCCUCCAGGGGCACCUAGACCCGGCGCCAAUUCACAACAACCACCACCUCCACGAAAUGUUAAUCCUAAUUAUCAAACCAAUCCCAAUUCGUUAGCUGAUAACAUGCAGAAUUUGAACCUAAAUCGGCCAGUUUCAAUGCCCAAUUCUGGUCCGAGGCCCUCCCCUUUUGGUCAACAACCUCCCUUUCCUCAAUCCGGAGGUUCAGCUGGAUUCCCCGGUGCCUUGCCGCCAAUGGCACGGCCUGGUCCGCCACCUGGUAUGAUGGGAAGACCUGCAGUGCCUCCUACUGGACCACCGCAAUCUGCUUUACCUGCAAAUGUACCCCCAGGGAGACCUCUUGGUCCACCUCCUGGUCACUCUUCCCCUUUUGGGUCUAGACCUCCUCCUGGUUCUCUGUCUUCUUCAACAGGUGGUGCUGUUCUACCUUCUAGCGGUUUCCCAUCUUCAGGUGCACCUAGCGGUGGACUUGCACCACCAAUGCCAGGUGCUCGCCCGAAUGUUUUUAUGUCAUCUCCACCUUUGACUGGUCCAACUGGUGCAGUUGCGCCCCUCUCUAGUGCACCUGCUGGUCCUUUGAGUAAUGGGCGUCCAGCAAUUGUUUCGGGAGCUUUGCCUGGUGCACCCCUGUUUCCUCUUGCUCCAAGUGCUUCACAACCUCCUGUUGGACCUCCACCAACUAUGAUGUCAGCUAGGGCUCCUGCUCAGGCUCCAACCAUGCGUUCUGUUUUGGGAAGUCCGGCUGUUACUUCCCCACCAGUUCAACCAAUGCCUUCAGCAUCACCAUUUUCAGCUGUGCCUCAAGCUAGACCACCACCUCCAGGUUCUCCUUAUGGACCACAGACUUGGCCGAUGCAGCCUCAGCAGGGAGCCCAGGCUCCUCCUAUUCCUGGAUCUACUCAAGCACAACCUCCAAGAAUGUUUGGAAUGCCACAACCACCUACGAAUCAAGCUAUGACUACCAUUCCACCUGCUAUGGGCCAACCGGGAGCCCCUUUAUCAGGGCCAUCAAAGAUUGAUCCUAAUCAAAUUCCAAGGCCCAUUCCAAGUUCCUCACCAAUCGUGUAUGAAACUCGCCAAGGCAACUCGGCAAAUCCUCCUCCGCCUGCUACUAGUGAUUACAUUGUCAGAGACACUGGGAAUUGCAGUCCUCGUUAUAUGAGAUGCACCAUCAAUCAGAUCCCUUGCACAGCCGACCUUUUGACAACAUCAUCUAUGCAGUUGGCUUUGUUAGUUCAACCAAUGGCUCUUCCUCAUCCGUCAGAGGACCCUAUUCAAGUUGUGGAUUUUGGGGAAAGUGGUCCUGUUAGAUGUUCCCGUUGCAAAGGUUACAUAAAUCCUUUCAUGAAGUUCAUUGAUCAGGGAAGGAAGUUUAUCUGCAAUUUAUGUGGGUUUACUGAUGAAACUCCUCGUGACUACCACUGCAAUCUUGGUCCUGAUGGCAGGCGUAGAGAUGCUGAUGAGAGGCCUGAGCUGUGUAGAGGAGCAGUUGAAUUUGUUGCUUCAAAGGAGUACAUGGUCCGUGAUCCAAUGCCAGCUGUGUACUUUUUCCUAAUUGAUGUAUCCAUGAAUGCCAUACAGACUGGUGCUACUGCUGCCGCUUGCAGUGCCGUUAAUCAAGUCAUUUCUGAUCUUCCAGAAGGUCCUCGAACUCUGGUGGGAAUAGCAACAUUUGACUCAACAAUCCAUUUUUAUAAUUUAAAACGGGCCCUACAACAGCCAUUGAUGCUUAUUGUUCCUGACAUACAAGACGUCUAUACCCCUCUUGAAACAGAUGUUAUCGUCCAGCUUUCUGAGUGCCGCCAGCAUUUAGAACUAUUGCUUGAAAACAUCCCAACAAUGUUUCAGAGUAGUACAACUGCUGAGUCAUGUUUUGGUGCUGCAAUCAAGGCUUCAUACUUGGCCAUGAAAAGUACUGGGGGGAAGCUUCUAGUAUUUCAGUCAGUCAUGCCGUCUGUUGGCAUUGGUGCCCUUUCUUCUAGAGAGGCUGAAGGAAGAACUAACAUAUCUGCUGGAGAAAAGGAGGCUCAUAAAUUACUUCUUCCAGCGGACAAAAUUCUCAAGACAAUGGCAAUUGAAUUUGCUGAGUAUCAGGUUUGUGUUGACGUAUUUGUCACUUCUCAAACUUAUGUCGACAUUGCUUCCAUCUCCGUUAUACCAAGAACAACUGGAGGCCAGGUGUAUUAUUAUUACCCCUUCUCUGCAGUAUCUGAUUCUGCAAAGCUCUACAAUGACCUUAGAUGGAACAUCACCAGGCCCCAAGGUUUUGAGGCUGUAAUGCGCGUGAGAUGCAGCCAGGGUAUUCAAGUUCAAGAUUACUCUGGAAACUUUUGCAAACGCAUUCCGACCGACAUUGACCUACCUGGGAUUGACUGUGACAAAUGUAUAUUGGUAACUCUAAAGCAUGAUGACAAAUUACAAGAUGGUUCUGAAUGUGCUUUUCAGUGUGCCCUGCUCUAUACCACUGUUUAUGGCCAAAGAAGAAUUCGAGUUACAAACUUAUCCUUGCCAUGCACAAAUAUGCUAAGUAAUUUGUUUCGCUCUGCUGACUUGGAUACUCAGUUCGCAUGUUUAUUAAAGCGAGCUGCCAUUGAAAUUCCUACAAGCCCACUUGUGCAAGUGAGGGAACAAGUGACAAAUCUUUGCAUCAACAUUUUGUUUUCGUAUCGUAAAUUUUGCGCCACUGUAUCAUCCUCUGGGCAGCUUAUUCUUCCUGAGGCCCUUAAGCUACUUCCCCUGUACACCCUUGCACUAAUAAAGAGUACAGGAUUGCGGAAUGAUGGCAGAAUAGAUGACCGUUCCUUCUGGUUCAAUUAUGUUUCCUCUCUUUCUACUCCUUUGGCAGUGCCAUUGGUUUACCCCAGGAUGUUUGCUAUUCACAACCUUAGUACAAAGGAAGAAGAUGAGUCUGUUCUUCCUCCUAUAAUCCCUCUAUCUAGUGAACAUGUCAGCGAUGAUGGAAUCUAUUUUCUGGAGAAUGGUGAGGAUGCUUUAAUAUAUUUUGGGAGCUCAGUGGAUUCAAGUAUCUUGCAACAACUUUUUGGCUUUACCUCAGUUGAUGAAGCCCCUACUCAGUUUGUGAUUCAGCAAUAUGACAAUCCAUUAUCAAAGAAGUUCAACGAUGUAGUAAAUGUGGUUCGGCGCCAAAGAUGUUCCUAUCUCCGCUUGACAUUGUGCAAGAAAGGGGAUCCAUCAGGAAUGCUGUUCUUCUCAUGCAUGGUAGAAGACAAGAAUGCAAGCGGUCCCUCUUAUGUCGAGUUUCUCGUACAUAUUCAUCGGCAAAUCCAAAUGAAAAUGUCGUAAUAUUUCAAGUUUGAUUGAUUCAGCUCAGAGUACCAGAUUUUUGUUCGGCAUUGCAUGGAGCACAGAGCAAUUAGUUGCAUGUCAGAUGUAAAGCAUCUAAAAUGGCUCCCAACUUGGAGUUUCUCAUACAUAUUGAGCAGCAAUUCUGAGUGAAAAUGGGGCUUCUUUUCUUUCCUUUUUUUUUGGUUUAUGCAUUUAUCAGUUUGUUUAUGAUCAUCCAACUUUUGUGAUGCAUUUGGAGAUAAGACGUAUUUCUGAUAUUUAGGAUCUCAAUCAAUUAUUUUUUUCCUAGAAACCCAAUUUCAGCUAAGUUUUGCUAAAUAGAGGCUUUUGUAGUUUCACCCUACUUGAUAUUACAGUGGAAGUUACUUCCAAGUAAAAAUAAUUGAAUAUAUAUAUAUAUAUAUAUUCAGAUUUUUGCUUCCCA